AUGCCAGCAGAAGAAAAACAAGAAGAAAAAAACCUCUGGACCCUCUACAGCCCCCUCAUCUCCGGCGGCUGGAAAUGUCUCUCCUUCAACCUCUUCUCCAAAUCCCACCCCCCAAAACUUCUCGCCCAACCACACGGUGCCACACCUCUCGGACGACUAUACAUUUCUCCUCGGGGUUGGUUAGCUGUUCAUAUUGCUGCUGUUCCGGAUCGUGAUGUUGCGAGUGACAAAAAGAAGGAGGAUCAUGUGAAUGUAAAUGGUGGGUUAGCGAUGUAUUGUGGGUAUUUGAAAUUAUAUCGGAGGGGAGGUGGAGGAGAAGAUAAUGGGGAAGAGGAAUUGUAUUGGCGGACUGUGGUGGAAGUUAGUUCGGAUUCGAAUUUGAUUGGAGGGGUUCAGGAGAGGAAAGUGGUUUUUGAGGAGAUGGAGAGGAAGAAGAAGAAGAGUGAUGGUGAUAGUGGCAGUGAUGGUGGUGGUGGUGGGGAGGAGGAAGAAAAGUCUUAUUAUAUGAUAUUGGAGCCGAAACAGGAUUGGAUUAUGGAGGACGGAACAAAAACAAGAGCGAUUCUCAAGUGGGAGAAGUUUGAAUGA